CCACACAUCUCCAUCUUCAUGCCUUCAUCUUCUUCUUCUUCUUCUUCUAACUUGCAUAAGAUCUCAACCAUGAAUUUCUAUAGAUCAGAAGAAAGCUCAUCAUGUUGUUAUUUCCAUCCAAAAGAAACAGUUGUGGGAAUAUGUGCUCUUUGUUUGAAGGAAAGGCUUGUUAUAUUAGCUUCAAAACAAGGCCACCACCUUCCUUUACCUAAAGACACACACACUACUCACAAGUCCUUUAGAAUUCUUAGAAGAAAACCUAUUAUCACCUUCAACAAAGUCUUUGCUCUUGGCUCCUUCCUUCAUCGUCUAGACUUCAAGCAACCUAAACCAGACAUUGCCGAUGAAAUCGAUUCCAUUCCUAGUCUUGACGGUAAAAAUAGAUUUUUAUUUUUAUUUUAUUUUUAUUUUUUAUUUUUUUAUUUUUAUUUUUUGCAAAUGCGACAAAUUCUUUUUAUAUCAAUAAAAGUUUUGAAGAAGAAUGGAAGAGCAAUGUGGGAUAACAAGAAAGGGAUGAUGAUGAUGAAGAAGGAAAAGGAGGUGAAGAGUGUGGUGGAGCAUAGUAAGCCAAGAGGGACGCUGAGGUGGAGGAAGAGGAUUGGACAUCUGUUACAGCUGGCAAGAUGGAAGGGUCCACGAAGGGGGCCCAUGCCACGUAGGAUUGCCGGGAAAAGUGGAAGGAAGGAGGUUGGAUUAGGAGCUUGA